AUGGAUCCCGCCUCCCAGACCCUCCCCCCGGAAGCCAUCGCCCUCGCGGGCCGCCUGUACGACGGCGCGCGCGCCGGCGACAUGGCGCUCUUCCAGCAGGCUUUACCCGCGGGGCUGCCUGCGAACAUGACCAACGAGAAGGGCGACACACUGCUCAUGCUCGCCGCAUACCACGGCCACGCCGCCCUCGUGAAGCUCCUCAUCCAGCACGGCGCGGACCCCAACCGGCUCAACGACCGGGGCCAGAGCCCGCUUGCCGGCGCGGUGUUCAAGAAGGAGGACGAGGUGAUUGAGCUUUACUGGUAUGAUGCGAGAGCUGACGCGAAGACCAACAAGGCUCUGCUUGAGGGAGGCGCGGACCCGGACUAUGGCAACCCCAGCGCGCUGGCCUGUGUCGCGAUGUUUAAGCAGGAGGAGAGGUGGCAGGCGAAAUUUGAGAGCGCGCCUGGAAGGGGGAAGGCGGAGGUGAAAGCUUGA